AUGGUCGCGUUAACGCUUUUCAAUCCGAAAGCAAUGAAUCACUACAAGCCAAUCGUUGUUGAAGAGACAAAUGAAUGGAAAAAACGAGUUCUUCUAGCCCUUUCAACCAUCUUCAUCUGUUGUGUAAUCGUUUUGGGAAGCGCCACGGCGUUGACCCUCGACUUGACCACUAACAGCGACAACUCGACAAUAGUUUGCGGUGAAGCUUUGCUGAAGGCUUGUCGGGCUCGUUUGGAACUGCUCAACGGCCAACACAAAAACCAAACGGCUGAAAUCGAAAAAUUGAAAGAAAUGGAUGAUCAGAUGGAAGAUUUGAUGAACAAGUUGUUGAAUUGUGAGAAGAACAUGAAACAUCUACAAAAUUCGGUGAUGGAGAUUCGAAUAAGAUACGAACAUCUGCUGGAGUUGAUCGAUACGGAUAGGAUCGGUCAAAAGACACACAUUGAGAAUAAUUACGCCGCAUUGGAAAUCGGUGAAUCGCAUAUCAAUCAAAUUGGUCUUUUCUAUUGCAUGAUCCCAAAGAAUGGAGCCACCAUCACCAAAAUCAUGCUCUGUGAUCUGUAUCGAUACUUUCGGCAAAUCCCCUUCAAAGCUGCUUUUGGGCCCAAGAAAAAACUCAGUGAAUGCAAACUGAAAAAAUGGAAACUCGACUACAAAAAUAAUCAAAACAAAUGGGAAGUUUGCCAGAAUCCGGUGAGAUUCGUCCUUAUCCGAGAGCCACUCAAGCGUUUCCUUUCCCUUUACGGAUAUCUUUGCGACUAUCUAAAAAUGUGUGGUUCGGAGAUCGAUAUUCACAAAUUUACCAAAGAUGUUUACCUUUUGUUGAGCACUCGAUCGGUUAAAGAAACGAAUUUCGUUGAAAAGCAUGGGGAUAUAGUCAUUUAUCACGCACAACCACAAAGCUGGUUCUGCAAUUUAUCGGAAGAACUGAAGAAAUUUCAUUUAAUUCAUCAUAAUUCGAAUCGUUUGGAAAUGAGAAGUGAAUUUCAAAAAAUCAGGUACUCUUUCAUCUUUUCUACUCCGACACACAACACGCAAACCAUGAGAAAGCCCAGCCAGAGAUUC